UAAACCCUAAAUCAAUUUUAUUCUGUCUAUUCAGAAAUCUAACAAAGUUCCCAACAUGUUUUAAUCUAACUGUUUAGAAGCCUAACUAAAUUCCCAAAAUUUUUUCAACCUCAGCUGACAGUCUCUCUUUGCUGUUUCAUCUUCGCCGCCGCAUCUGCACUUGCCCAACCCGUACCUCAUUCGGUCAUUUGCUCUUUCAUCUUUGCCGCCGCACCUGCACCUUCCCAAUCUGCGCCUCAUUCGGUCGUUCAGUAAAAUUGUAGUGAAUACGAAAAAGAACAGACCAUGAAGCUGGACGUAGACGUUUUGAGAUAUCUCUCCAAAGAUGAUUUUAGGGUUCUAACUGCCGUCGAAAUGGGCAUGAGAAACCAUGAAAUUGUGCCUUCAGACCUCAUCGAUCGUAUUGCUUCCCUCAAGCAUGGAGGCACUUACAAGGUCUUGAAGAAUUUACUCAAGCAUAAGCUGCUGCACCAUGACUCUUCUAAAUAUGACGGUUUUCGUCUUACGUACCUUGGCUAUGAUUUCCUUGCCAUUAAAACCAUGGUCAACCGCGGAGUUUUCACUGCAGUUGGUCGUCAAAUUGGGGUUGGCAAAGAGUCCGAUAUAUUUGAGGUUGCCUGCGAAGAUGGUACUGUCAUGGCAAUGAAGUUGCAUAGACUCGGUAGAACUUCCUUUCGGGCUGUCAAAUCUAAGCGUGAUUACUUGAGGCAUCGCAGUAGUUAUAACUGGCUCUAUUUGUCUCGCUUAGCUGCACUCAAGGAAUUUGCAUUUAUGAAGGCACUGGAAGAGCAUGGUUUUCCUGUACCAAAUGCCGUGGACUGUAACAGGCAUUGUGUAGUUAUGUCACUUAUCCAAGGUUAUCCACUCGUACAGGUGAAGCAGUUGCAAAACCCAGAGACAGUUUUUGAUACAAUCAUUGGCCUUGUUGUUCGUCUGGCAGAACAUGGCCUCAUUCACUGUGACUUCAAUGAGUUUAACAUUAUGAUUGAUGAUGAUGAAAAGGUGACAAUGAUUGAUUUUCCCCAAAUGGUAUCUGUGUCACACCGUAAUGCACAGAUGUACUUUGAUCGUGAUAUUGAAUGCAUCUUUAAGUUUUUUGGCAAGAGGUUCAACAUGUCCUUUGAAGAACAGUCUGAUGAUAUUGAUGGUUCAGAGGUAGACGAGGAUGAAAGCGGCAGGCCUUCCUUUUCUUCAAUAGCCAAAACUGCUGGUUUUCUCGACAAGGAACUUGCUGCCAGUGGAUUCACAAGAAAGGAUCAGGAUGACAUUGAGAAAUUCAUUGAAGGUAAUGCGGGGGAUGAUGUUUCUGACGAUGAACAUGAAUCUGGGUUAUGUCAAACAAACAUAAAGGGUUUUGAUUCUUUGCACUUGGAUCAGAAAGAGCCAACUUCAAGCUGUAAUGAGGAAGAGCAAGGAUAUGAAAACCAGCAUAGCCUUGAAGCAGGUCUAACCGGUAAUCCUGAAGGACAAAAUUCAAGCAAUGAGGAGGAAGAUAAUCAGAAUGCUGAUGAAAACGAUGCUGAACUUAUGAAGAGCUUGGCCAAGCAGAGACGACGUGCAAUGGCAGCAGCACGUAGAGGACGGAAGAGUGUUGCCUCUAGAAAUUCUUACAAAGACAAAGGGGGUAAAUCUUCUAAUAAUUCGAAAAUCCAGAAACAAUUGAGUAGUUGGUAAAUUUUGUAUUUGAUCGACACUAUCUGCGAUGCAGAUACAUAUAAGUUAAACAGUCUUGUGCCAAUGUAGACAAUUCAGAUUAUAGUUGUAUCAUGUAUUGUCAAAAAGAAAUGAAGAGAAAGCCGGGAGCAUUACCUAGAACUUGUAUCUUCCAAUAUCAGUACUUAGCCCCUUGUGAUGAAACUGAUUAUUUUCAUACUAUGCCGUUUUUAGUUUUUAUUUGUAUAGAAGUGAAAUUGAUUACUGAGAUUCA